ACAUCAUAAAAAUCAAUACUAGAUAUCCCACAAUUGCGGUGCAUUAUUCUCACAUCCUGUCCUGUAGACAUUUGGUGUAAUAUCGAUCACAGCACGUACGGUACGAUUGCUUUUAAAUAAUUAGUAAGCACUCAUUAGAAAAAAUACUUUCUUUUUUGGCUAUUUGCCAAAAUAGAUCUGUCAGAUUGUUCCUGAACAAAGACGUUUAUUGAAGAGUGUGAGAGUGGUUGAAGUUUGUAGUCCAGCUAAUCCAGGAUUACGGAAAAAAAAAACACCAUGCGAUAUGCGACGCUGUCCCAGACUGGGGAUCUCAUGCCUACAUUGGGUUUAGGCACAUGGCAGGCCCCGCCUGAUGUGAUAGAAUCGACUGUCUAUAAAGCCUUAGAUUUGGGCUACAGACACAUCGAUACUGCUUUCAAUUACAACAAUGAAGAAGCCAUCGGUAAUGCGAUAAAACAAUGGAUUACUGAUGGGAAGGGUACAAGAAAAGAUUUAUUUAUCACUACGAAGUUGCCUCAUGUAGGCAACAGGGCGUCCGAUGUGCGCAAAUUUCUUGACCUACAAUUGAGCCGUUUGCAAAUGAAUUAUGUGGACUUGUAUUUAAUACAUGUCCCGUUCGGUUUCCAUUGCAACUUUGAGACCAUGACACCGAUGGUCGAGGAAAAUGGGGAGUACGAUCUCGACUUGGACACCGAUCAUAUUAGUACUUGGCGGGUGAUGGAGCAAUGCCAGAAGGAGGGUCUCAUCCGCAACCUGGGCCUGUCGAACUUCAACCAGGCGCAGAUCACCAAGAUUAUGAAGUACGCGACGCUGAAGCCGCAGGUGCUCCAGGUGGAGCUGCAUGCCUACUUCCAGCAGCUGGAGUUGCGCAAGUUCUGCGCCGACAACGACAUCGUGGUGACUGCGUACGCUCCGCUCGGCAGCCCCGGAGCCAAGGACCACUUCGUCAACAAAUACAACUACAACCCAGACGCUUUUCCGGAUCUUUUAGGCCACCCAGAAGUAAAGGAGAUAGCCACGAGACAUGGCAAAACACCGGCACAAGUACUGUUAAAUUUCUUAGUCAAUCAAAAGGUCGUAGUCAUUCCAAAGAGUACUAGUGAGAAGAGAUUGAAGGAAAACUCCGAUAUAUAUGAUUUUGAGGUAAUGCCAGCAGAAAUAAAUAGCUUAAAAAACUUAGACAAGGGCGAGGGAGGGCGUAUAUUUAAUUUUCUCUUCUGGAAGGGCGUCGAAAAACAUCCCGAAUAUCCUUUCAGUGUUCCCGGCGCGGUCUAAGCGGCAUUAUCAUUUAUACCCGGCGGUCUUGAUCCUAAUAUUCUAGUUGAGUCAUUUGUGUUAUCAUCAAUUGUGUCUCAAGAUGGAUAAGUCGUACUACAAUUAUUUACAUACAUUUACGUGGAGGCGAAGCGGGGAUUUUGGAAUAUACUCGAACGUAACAGUUUAACAUUGCUCCAAAUCAAGUACUCCCAUCAAUCAAUAUGAUUGAACACAAUUAUACCCAUUCUAUAAAUUCUUACUUAGUAGUGGAGGCGAAGCGGGGAUUUUGGAAUUUACUCGAACGUGACAGUUUAACAUUGCCCCAAAUCAAGUA